UUUCUUUUAAACAAACAUGUAAACUAUCUUUUCUGUACAUUAUCAAUAAUUUAAAAUUUAUUUUGCUUAAUUAUAAUCGAUUCAAAGUAAUCAAAAUAAAGAAAAGAUUCUCUAAUUAAAAAAAUUCGAGAAGAGAGUUUACAGGAAUCGAUGGGAAACAGAAAGUUCAGUAGUGAAGAAUCAGUGGGGAGAUUAAUUAAUUUGAACGUGGCAAUGGUCUGGCCAUCCUCGAAUGGGAAUCCAAUUCGAAAACGUCGGACGCGAACAGAUCAUGCGUGAAGGUGGCGAUCAGAGAGAAAAUAUGGUGAUCGUCGGCUUUGCAUAUGUGUGUAUGUGUUACAAAGAUUGAGCGGUGACCUGUCACCGCUUCUACGGGGUGUUGUAAAUGUAGGUGAAGAGUAAACGUCUAUUUAUAAACGGGGUAGGAGGGGGUGAGUUUACUCCCUGUGCAUCAUCGACAACACGCUGGGGCUUAUUCAACCACCGACCCCAUGAUACAUUGCCAUUGAUACCAACCACCCUCUCAUGAAUUUUCGGAAAUCUGAACGAAACACCUCUCAUCUGAGGGGUGAAUCGGUCUUAAUUCACGAUUUCUCUUUAAAUAUUAAUCUGAGCUUCUUAUAAAUAAUUAUACGGAUUCGUACAAAAGAGAUGUACGAUUUUACAUUCGGGAUGAAAUUUAAAAAGGUUGACUAGUCGAAGAAGUGUGUAUUUGAUCGUCGAAAGUGUACGAAAUUUCUUUGACAAAUUUAAUAAAAAUAGGUGUUCACGGAAAAUAAAGUGAAUUAUAAAAUAGUUGUAUAAUAUAGCAGUAGAGUAAUAAAUUAAAAUAACAGUACUGAAAUGCUUGUAUAAAAAUAACUGCCUAAUCUUUAACCUUGAGCAACCAAAUAAUUAGUAGCACCUUAAGAAAGUCGCAAAUUAUGCGGAAGAUUAUCAAGAAACGUUGCAACCCCCUUUUAAUAGCACCGUUAUCGGUAGGUUUUGUAGCUACGAAAUCACAAUGAAUCAGGCAAAUUAAAAUUGUUCACGAUUGUCGAAGCUCCGCCUUAAUUGUAUCUGGCCGUAGCAGGGAUGUACAAAGAGGAGGUGCGCAUAAAACUGACCGGCGCUUUGGCAGGUGCUACCAGUCUCAGCUCCAACGUGGGAUAAACUUGUUACGCGUUUCUCUCCGUGAUCGAGUCGCGUUCGAGGUACAAUUUUUCCGCUAUAAUUCGAUCGCAAAACCUCUUCGUACAAUAACACAAACCGAAAGGAAACAGUGGGUGAACGUACUCGAGUUUUCUGAGUAAUCCACCAAUUAGUUUUCUUAAAAGUGUAAAUCGGUCGUCAUAAGAAAAGGUAUUUCAUCUAAAGUAUUCACCGAAUGACGUUCGUUUCAUCGCAUCCUCGAUAAAAGGAUACUGAAAAUAAUGUCACGAUCACGUACAAGCAGUUGCUGAGAACGUGCUUAAUCACAAACGAAAUUCAUUGCACGAAUUAGCUGUGUCCUGCAACAUUCCACCCGGCAAUUAUGAACAUCGAUGAGUUUCAAGUACGCGGCAAGGAGAUGAUAGAGUACAUCUGCGAGUAUCUUCGUACUCUGGAAGGGAAGAGGGUGACGGCGAACGUGGACCCAGGAUAUCUGAGGCCCCUUCUGGCCAAGGAAGCUCCGGCUAAAGGGGAGUCAUGGGAUGCCAUUAUGAGGGACGUCGACUGCAAAAUAAUGCCCGGGAUCACCCACUGGCAGCAUCCCCGCUUCCACGCCUACUUCCCAGCAGGGAACUCGUUUCCCUCGAUCCUCGGGGACAUGUUGUCCGACGCAAUCGGGUGCAUAGGUUUCUCCUGGGCAGCCAGCCCGGCCUGCACGGAACUGGAAACGAUCGUUCUGGACUGGUACGCCAAAGCGUUGGACCUUCCGCCGGAGUUCCUGUCGGAGCACAAAAGCUCGAAGGGCGGUGGAGUGAUACAAGGGUCAGCCUCCGAAUGUAUUCUGGUCACCAUGUUGGCGGCGCGAACCCAGGCGAUUAGAGCGUUGAAGGAGCAAGACCCCAAUACCGAGGACUCGGCCUUCCUGCCGCGACUGGUAGCCUACUGUUCCACGGAAGCUCAUUCUUGUGCGGAGAAAGCGGCGAUGAUCUGUUUGGUGAAGCUUCGAAUCCUGGAGCCCGACGAUAAGGGUUCCUUGCGAGGUAAACGGCUGGAGACCGCGAUCCGGAAGGACGUGGCCAACGGUUUAGUGCCGUUCUUCGUGACCACCACUCUGGGCACCACGGGAUCGUGCGCGUUCGACAAUCUUGUCGAGAUCGGGCCCGUGUGCAAGCUGUACCCCAACAUCUGGCUGCACGUGGACGGCGCUUAUGCCGGAAGCUCCUUCAUCUGCCCGGAGAUGAGGCCGUUCAUGGCCGGUAUCGAGCACGCGGACUCCUUCAACACGAACCCGAACAAGUGGUUGCUGGUCAACUUCGACUGCUCCUGCAUGUGGGUGCGGGAUCGAGUCAAGCUGACAUCGGCUCUCGUCGUGGACCCGUUGUACCUCCAGCACGCCAGGUCUGGAGAGUCCAUCGACUACCGUCACUGGGGGAUCCCCUUGAGCAGACGAUUCAGAGCGCUGAAGCUGUGGUUCGUGUUGAGGUCGUACGGGAUCACUGGGUUGCAGAAGUACAUAAGGAACCACAUCAGACUAGCCAGGCGAUUCGAGACCCUGAUGAGGAGGGAUAAGAGAUUCGAGAUCACCAAUGAUGUCAGGGCAGGACUGGUCUGCUUCAGAUUGAAGGAGAGCGACGAGAUCAAUCAAGAGUUGCUUGCGAAUAUCAAUGCUUCCGGUAGACUUCACAUGAUACCCGCCAGAGUGAUGGGUAAAUACAUCCUGAGGUUCUGCGUGGUCAGGGAGAACGCUACGGAGGAUGACAUCGAUUAUGCCGUUGACGUGAUCGAGGAACACGCGACGGAGGUGAUGCUGGCGCAUUACGCGGGCACGGAGGAAGAAUUCAGGGCGAAAGGACCGAAGAGUCCUGCCGCCCUGGACAAGAAGCUGGUGCGCAAGUUCAGCUUCACCAGGAGCGUCACCAGGGACGUGUACAAAAGAUCCAUCUCGAAGUCGAGUCUCCACGACGGCGCUACUCCCAUCAUGGUCGUCGACGACAACUCGCAGGUCGACACCAUUGAAGAAGACGUGUUUUGCAACAGCAGGUAGACCGCACCUCAGCUCACGGUGCCCAAGAAGAGGGACCAGUUGCUAUCGUUGCCGUGAGCUGCUGACGAUGAUGAUAGGUGUAAUGUUGUUUCAGGUCGUGACGAUCCCGAUGAUGAUACCCGGAUGAUUCGUGAUUUGUGUGAUCGGCCGUUCUUGUUUGGAAUAAUACAGCUACGUGAACACGUGUGCUUGUUUUUCUAAAGAACAUUUUAUUUAAAGAUUAACGAAAAUUGGGGACUCUUUAAAUGCCUCCGAUGUAGGGCAUUGGUUAAUGUUUGCGGCGGUGACAGAACUCUUGAAGAGGUUCGACGAUAAACUUCUUCGAGAAGUUUACAAAUCGUUCGGGAAUUUGCCUUUCCACGCACGAUUUUAUGCAACGUAAGUUCAGCAUGGAAUUUAUUUUCGUAUUUUUUCCGCAAUCGACCGGAACAACGGAUUAUAUUUGCUGACCAAUAACAUUUUCUAUAAACGGUAC